AUGCCCAGCGUUGAGGACUCCACCCAAAAUGAAUCGAGACUUCUUCUCGUUUCGAAUAGGUUACCCAUCACCAUCAAGAGAUCAGAAGAUGGAAAAUAUGACUUUUCAAUGUCGUCCGGUGGCCUGGUUAGUGGCCUGAGUGGCUUAUCGAAAACCACGACCUUCCAAUGGUACGGCUGGCCCGGUUUGGAGGUUCCAGAAGAAGAGAUCCCGACAUUGAAGAACCGGUUAAAGGAGGAAUAUAACGCUGUCCCGGUGUUCAUCGAUGACGAACUUGCGGACAGACAUUACAACGGAUUUUCCAAUUCUAUCCUCUGGCCCCUUUUCCAUUACCAUCCCGGUGAGAUCACGUUCGACGAGUCUGCUUGGGAGGCAUACAAGGAGGCAAACCGCCUAUUCGCACGGGCCGUCGCAAGCCAGGUUCAGGAUGGCGACUUGAUUUGGGUCCACGACUACCAUCUGAUGCUCCUUCCGGAGAUGCUCCGGGAAGAGAUCGGAAACACCAAGAAGAACAUUAAGAUCGGAUUUUUCCUCCAUACCCCAUUCCCCAGCAGUGAAAUCUACCGAAUUCUGCCGGUCCGAAACGAGCUGUUGCUUGGACUUCUCCACUGCGACCUCAUCGGUUUCCACACUUACGACUACACGAGGCAUUUCCUCAGCGCUUGCUCACGGCUGCUGGGCCUGCCAACUACUCCUAAUGGGAUAGAGUUCCAAGGCAAGAUAGUCGCCUGCGGUGCUUUCCCUAUUGGUAUUGACCCAGAGAAGUUCAAGGAGGGCUUGAAGAAGGAAAAGGUCCAGAAGCGAAUCGCAACGUUGGAACAGAAGUUUCAGGGCGUGAAGCUCAUGGUGGGUGUUGACCGGUUGGAUUAUAUCAAGGGUGUUCCUCAGAAGCUACAUGCUCUUGAGGUGUUCCUGAGCGAUCAUCCCGAGUGGGUGGGCAAGGUGGUCCUUGUGCAAGUUGCCGUUCCCAGUCGUCAGGAUGUGGAGGAAUACCAAAAUCUGAGAGCCGUCGUGAACGAACUUGUAGGAAGAAUUAACGGGAAAUUUGGAACUGUUGAAUUUAUGCCCAUCCAUUUCCUCCACAAGUCGGUCAACUUUGAUGAACUCAUUGCCCUCUACGCUGUAUCGGACGCUUGCGUUGUCUCUUCCACUCGAGAUGGUAUGAACCUCGUUUCGUACGAGUACAUUGCCACCCAGGAGAAACGUCACGGCUCGAUGGUGCUCUCUGAGUUUGCCGGUGCCGCCCAGAGUCUCAACGGAAGCAUAGUCGUCAACCCUUGGAAUACUGAGGAGCUUGCAGCGGCCUACCACGAGGCAGUCACAAUGAGCGACGAGCAGCGAGCCCUCAACUUUUCGAAGCUGGAUAAAUACGUCAACAAGUACACAAGUGCCUUCUGGGGCCAAUCAUUCGUCACCGAAUUGAAGAGAAUUUCGGCGCAAGCCGCGGGGAAACUCCCCACCAAAGACACGCAGGUAAACGGAGAAACUAAUGGGCCGGAGACUUCGUCGCAAUAG